AUGGAGGAGCUCGGCGCAAGCAAGGUUCAGCUGCCGCACUCUCGAGUGGGCAGAGAUUAUCAGCUGCAGAAUGCGCAGAAGGAUCCAGACGGUGAGGAUCUGCCUUACGGCAAGGUGGGUGCACAUCCGAUGCUGCAGAGGUUGGCACGGAUGACCCCAUACUACAAGCGAAACGAGGCAAGAAUAUGCACCUUCUACGUGAAGGGUGCCUGCAAUAGAGGUGCAGAUUGCCCCUUCAGGCACGAGCUCCCGCAAGGCGGUGACCUAGCCAAUCAGAAACUGCGAGAUCGUUUCCAUGGGGAGAACGACCCCUUGGCAAACAAGAUCAUCCGUAGAGCGGAGGAGGACCUCACAUUAAUGCCGCCGGAGGACAAGGCGGUGACGACGCUGUAUCUUGGUGGACUACCACCUGGAGCCAAGGAGAAGGACAUCCGAAAUCAGUUCUACGUUUUUGGAGAGAUUCGCAGCAUCAGGAUGGCACCGAAGCAGAGCUGUGCCUUCGUCACCUUCGUGAAGCGAGAGGUGGCAGAACAGGCUGCCAAAAACACACACAAGAUCCUCAAGAUCAACGGAAAGAACGUCAACGUGACCUGGGGCCGACCACAGGUGUCCAAAGAGAAAGAGGCAUCUGCAGCAGUGGCCGCGGGGUCGGCGCCGCCAGCGGCUGGCAACACGUACAGGCCAUACUAUCCGUCCAUGGACCCAUCAGCACAGGGCAACGCGCCCUUGCAGGGCGAGGCACCAGAUGAGCGCUCCAUUCCGAAAUGA